AUGUUCGUGGGAGUGUGGGUCAUCUUGCUGUGUGUUGUGAGCUCGAACGGGCUGAUGACUUCUCGGGAUUUCCAUCGGCUUGUGGCGCCAGCGUGUUUCAAGCACGGCCCCGAGGACAAAGACGUUCCGCCGAGAAACAUGAAGGCGUUGAUAGAGCUGGUGGAGAAAGUCGAGAAAUUGCAUCGUUUGGACGACGCUGCGGACACUGCUUCGCUCCUUCUGCGCAGGUUUUCGAUGCCGUACAUGAGACCGAAGAGGACGGACAAAGGCUUCAUGUUCUUGGUGGAUAAAGAUGCGGAGGCGAGAGCAACGAUCGCAGAAGUCAUUUUGAGGAGCGCACCGAGAUAUCCUUUCAGAGAGGAGUCUUUCACAGCGAAUGAAAAGUGCGCCUUGUUUUUCAUGGUUUCACACAGCAUCGAGCAGAGGAACGCUGGAUCUGGGAGAGUCGUUUUCAUAGAGCAUGGAGUUGUGUCGCCCAUCGUCCAUCCCGAGGGACACUCAGCUAUAUCCCUCUCCGCGGUGCUCAAAGGCAUAUCAGCUUCCAAAUACGCUUCUCGGGAAUCGACUGAUGCUCUCCUGACAAUUCUGAGACCAUACAGUGGAAUAGUGCCUGAAGGUCACACCGUGGUGGAUCACAUCUACGGUCCAACUCUGGCUGGCCUCCUGGGAACAUCCGUUCUGUGGAGAAACACCUCGGUCACACCUCGGAUCGGCCGAGACGGCGUUUGGACCUCACCUCUUUGCCCCAGAGAAUUCGACCUCUCACCCAAGAUCUCGGACGUGACGGACGCCGAAAUUUCCGGGACUGUCGACGGCUUCAUCCUCAAUGUCCUAACCUCGAGGAUUUCAAAGCAGCGUCCUCGACCGUUCAGUCUUUCGCGGCUCCUGAACACCUAUUACUCUGGACGAGGAAUCCGUGAGCUGGUUCCUGAGUUCCCCGGCGGAGUCUCGUUCUGCAAUCGUGGCAAGAUCUUCCACAAACUCUUCUCGGCGGAGCGUCUCACGGAGCAGACCUUGGCGGUGGCUAGACUCUUCAACGCAGCAGAAGCUCUGCCUUUGAAGGAGAUCAUCGAAACGUACGCCGUCGUGCCCGCUGUGAAGACAUUCGUCAAAGAACUAGAACACCUCGUGAGCCAUCCUCCUUCAACGUGUCAAGAGAUCCAGCGUCAGGUCGGCAAAGGAACCUGCCAGACCCAGAGCAAUGUAUUGCUGCUGCUCGAUCCAAUAUCUGGAAACCCGAAAUCCGAUACCUAUCAGAGGAAACUGUCCGCGUAUCUGUCGGAGAAGCUCCUGGAGAACAAUCCCAACUCCCGGGUUUCGAUGUCUAGCUCUUCCCUGGCGGACAACCCGCAUGUCCUGAAGCUCUUCUUCAGCUCGAGCUACACAAAAAAUCCAUCUUGCCAAGUGUCGAGGACGGAUCAAGGCUGCGUCGACUGUCAAGAGGCAGAUAUCUGGCGAGCGGUGAACGGGACGUGGAACAGCUUGCUCGAGGACGAUGUGGAAAUGGCGGCUGGAACCGUCACCCCGUCGAAAGUUGUGGUAUAUUUCAAAUUCAACGAAUUCAGGAGCAACGAGGAGGAUCUCCAGAACGUGAUCCGCAACCUGCGGAAGUCACACAAGGAUCUGUACAUAUUCGUUGUCGGGCCAAAGCCAGAAAUCGUGGAGAAGUUCCGAGCUGAUGUGAAGGAUGCCGUAGUCAUCAUACCCCAGGCUGCGGACGACAGAGUUAUGCAGCGGAUCGCCUCAGAACUCGCGCAUGAGAUCUGCCAAACACCCGCUAUCGUACACUGCAAGAACUGCCUGACCGAUCACUUGCAAGUAUCGAGUGUCCACCAAACUUUCCUCGCCCCCCAAUCAACCUAUUCAUGGGCCGUACACCCGGACGAGUUGAACAGGAAACCUUCUUCAGUCAAUAUCACCGUCUCGUCAGAAAGCCUGCCUCUGAGGAUCUGCUACGAGAAACAGAAUUCUACGUAUCAGAGAGUCCCCAUCGAAGAAACCAAUUGCCAUGAAACCAAUUCGGAAAAUGUGUUCGCGAAAUCUUUUAAGGAUCUCUGCGACGAUUCCCAUUGCGACAUGAUACACUUCAGAAUUGAGGCUCUUCCUCGGAAACCUGGGGUGCCUUUCAUCGAAUGCAUUCACGAGGAGUGCAAAUAUCCCGACGAAACUCGAGUCGAAAUAGCCUAUGUGGCUGAGUUCGAAGAGGAUCUUCAACAAACUUCGAACCGACUGGACACGUACCGCUAUCCGACCAAAGAUCCGGAGAAAACGUCGAAAACACACAAAAAGCUCAAAGGUUCCCCCGACAAGCCCUUCCGGGAUCAGGAUCGCUCCGACCCUAAAGAGCCCGUCCCGGACACUGGCGUGCGCAACACAUACGAUCGCGAUCUGCCCUCCCACCAAUCAUCGGACGGUCAGGGCGGGAAGCAUCGCGGGGGGGAGGAACGUUUUCAAGAUCGAGGUCAGAACAGAUCGGAAAUCCUGGAGGGGCUUCGGAAGCCGAUAAAGUCUCGGAAACAAUUAUUUCCACAACGAGGCACGCUCGUUCAAGGAUAUCGCGUAUCCAUCAAGGAUCAUCGAUUCGAGGACGACUCGUCCUCCGAGCCAUCAGCUAACCCGUCGAGAAGCAUCAAAUCAAGACCGGAUAUCCCGUAUGGAAGUCCGAAGAGUUUUCUGAACGAUCAGGACGUCUACCACGCGCAAGGCGAGCGUCGACCUUUCGAAUCUCCUUCGCUCGAAGGGAAACCGGAGAGACGGCCGGGGGCCUUGGAAUCAGGGGGGCCAAGAAGGCCCAAUUUGGAAUAUGCUGACGCAGAAUCGCAAGAUGAGCAUAAUCAUGACCAGGUCAAGCGGAGCCGGAACCGCAACUCUGAGAGUUUCAUUAAGGACAGCGUCCUGGAAAGAUACGAAACACGACCCCAGAAAGAGGGAUCCAUCGAUGGGUCGGAAUUCAGCUAUCCCGACUUCCCGACACCUUUCGAAGAGCAAGCUCUCCCGAAUAGGAUGGCCGAGAUUUGCGCGAUUUCCAAGCAGAAGAGUUUCCUGUCGAGUCUAGAUCAGUUCCUAUUCAUCUUGGAGAAAUUGGAAGGAGCUAAUCCUUCAGUCACAAUCGGAAGGCUCAUCAAAUUUCUCUUGGAUAAGUACUCGCUCGAGAGUCCGUUGAGAACGAACUCGAGCACGGUCUCGAGUGGAGUUUUUCGUUCCGUACAGCUUGCCUUGAUGGGGGCCUCAGCUGAAGAAGACCCCUUAGUCAACGAUGACGUUCUGCUCCCCAGCGAGAAAUGUCAUCUGUAUCAUUUGUUAUCUUACUCAAAAGAAAGACAAGUCGAGCGCGGAGUUGUCGCUCUAGACUUCAAUGAGGACAUCGCGGUGGCCCUCGAUUUGGUUCUUCUCGGGAUUGCGGGCUCACCCUCUCUCGUCGGCGCAUCAUCUCGCAGCGUGCGACAAAUGACCAGAAGUCUGAACCAUGCCGUCGAAGUGAAGCAGGAUCCUGACAGCCGGAUAACAAUCUUGAACGCACUCACUUUCGGGGGAAUUCUUCUCCCGGAAAUCGUGGCCAAUCCCAGAGCCGAUCUGGUUGACUCCAACAACAUUUGGCACGACGCUUUCUGCCCCUACGACUUUGUUCGUCGAUUCCCGGCGAGAGAUGGAACUGAUUCGUGGAUUACGUACAGCAGAGUGCGCGGUGCCAUUGACGGUUACAUCCUCGGACUCCACUCGAACUUGACCGACAGCUCCAGUCUCCACGAGCUCCUGGACGGAUAUUACAGUACGCGGGGUGUUCCCCGAGCAAUGGGCGACCACGACCCCACCAAUGAAUUCAAUCGUCUCUCGGUGUGCCGGAGAUACGAUGUGUUCCCAUCGGACAUGCUGACAGGCGAUCUCGAGACGGAGUUCAUCAGUUUCUACAGAGCCUUCGCAUACGCCUAUCCUGGAUUGGUGGACGGUCUCUCCGAAGCCAAAGUCAUGGAUUCGGCAUCCAGGAUCCUGAAGAAGAUCAUGAAGGCGACCGAGCACAAGCUGCUCAGCAUGCCGAGUUUCUGCGACGACGGCAUCGCUCUUUCGAUAGCAAACCCGGUGAUCGAGACGCCUGCGGAAAUUCACAUAAUUCUCAAGACCGAUGAUACCCGAUUCAUGCCUCUGGAAGAAAUGGAACGCUACUGGGCUCACCAGAAAGCUUUCGUUGCUUAUCUAUCGCGUCAAUUGAAUUUGGGACCCAAUCGGAGAGUUCAUCUGCAAAUGAACCAGCAGAGCGUACAGAACGGUCAACUGAUGCAAAUCGGAACGAAAAAUCCCCGCUUGCCAUCGAGUAUAGCGUGCCAAGCUCAGAAAACUUUGAAGGCAGAUCGCCUCGGGAACUUCUCGCCGCAGAACGAAGCUACGGUCCUGGAAGCCCUGCAUCACCAACUAUCGAACACGACCUACGGAAGUCAGAUACGUCCGUCACGUAUUGUCGUAUGGAUGUCACAUGGCAGCGAGCAGAGAAGCCCCGCGGGAGUCAUGAGGCGGGCGGUGGAGAAUUUGAGAAGAGACUUCAAGGAUUCCGUUGCGUUCUUCGCUCUGACAACGAUGAAGAGCUCCUACUUCGGCGAAGGCUUGUUUUCCGUGAAGUUCUGGGAUGAAAAUACGAACAAAGGAGCUCUGGCCAUUCGGAACCGUGCCCGGGAUCUAGCGCGGGAGAGUUUCCUCGCGCCCGCCCUACCGACCUGUUCCGAUUGUGGCGAUGGACCGAUCCACUUCAAGUUGAAGGAGCGCGUCUCCGAGAACGCUGUCAAAGCCUACAAGUUCACGCAGGAGGAAUUCCCUCGGAUCUCGAAGGGUCAGGUGACUUUGUCGAGCGUCAAUGGGAUCCUGAAAGUCUGUUACCAGCGAAACACGGCCCUGAGCGUCGAUGGCUGGCAUCGGUGCUCGCAAAUCGAUGACAACGUUAUCACAUUCCGGCCGAAUUGCCAAGAGCCUGAGGCCUGCCAACCCAUCUACUUCGCUGUUUUCGGGAUCCGUGAGACUUGUGAAUCCAGUUCUUGCACAGGCGGAAUAGAAUUCGUCCUAGACUACGAUGAACGACCGCGAGCGAGGCGUCAGUCAUCAAGAAACUCUUGA